AUGGAGGUGAGGGAGAGCAGAGGGUUGGAAAGUGGAAUUGAAGAGAAAGAGGUAGACAUGUUCAACGCUGUCGAUAUUAAGACGGUGCGCGGAGUCAAGAAACUGAGGAAGGGAAUCCUCCCGGACGUGCCUGCCUACCGCUUCCGCCGCGAGGUCCACGGGCUCCAGUUUCCGGCCGACAUCGCCGCCAGGUUGCGCCACGACGUGCGCGGCGCGCUGACGAUGCACUUCGUCGGCAAGCAGAACAAGAGAACAGAUUCGGUGCUGUUCUCCGUUGACGUUCCUGGCGCUUCGUCGCCAUGGCUACGCCUGUCGUCGGACGUCAAGCACAAGCUGCUGCGACUGCAGGCGACGAUCAAAGAUGGCCGCCGCCAGACGCUGACACUUCCGAACGCAUUCGUCGAUCACAAACACUGGCACAAGGUGGCGCUGGCGAUCAACACGACGCACGUGAGAAUGUACAUCGACUGCGUGCAGGAUCAUGUCAGCAAAGAGCUGACCGGCGUCGACUUUGCGUGGCCGGAGAAUGCGAGCGUCAGCAUAUUACAGGAUUCUCACGGAGGCAACAGUUUUAAGGGUUCCAUGCAGGUGGCGACACUGUACCUACGUAAUGUCAAGCAGAAGCCGUGGCUGUGUAAUGAGACAGAGAAACCAGGACAAGACACACCGUCGCGGUCGAAAAACCAAGGUGCUCCACGUGCAAACAACAAUGUCGAGAUGAAGGGACAGAGGGGACCGCAGAAGGCGGCACGGGAUAAGCUGACAGCGGCGGAUAGACAGAAGGCAGCGGAGGUGCCUGCUGGCGUGCUCACCAUGAAGAACUGGAAAGGCCUUAUAGAGAAUGAUUUGAUGGGUAUGCUGGAUCAUUCCCCGAGGAUUGUAGAGUACCAGCAUACAAUGGAAGCGCUGCGGAUAGAGGUGGAGAAACUGAAGACAAAGAACGAGGCUCUGACACGUCGGGUCACCAGCCUGGAGACGUGUGAGUGUCAGCAGAGAGCUGCCAGCCCGUGCCUGUCGCAGCCAUGCCUGUAAGUG